UCAACACUGUAAAUUAUUUUGGCGGCAAUUUAUUGUAAACAAACUUAUCAGAGAGGGCAUGGAUAAAUAUUUAAUUAAAAUGCCAAUAAAAUCAACAAAAAAUGUGGUGUCAGAAGAAAAAAUAUCUGUUAAGGAGGAAAAGCCGAAGCCAAAGAAAGUCGUCAAGGAACAAAGUGCAAUUGCUAAUAAACGAAAGAAUUUGGAUACGCCCGAAAUAGUUAAAGACAAAGAAAACGCCGAGGUAGAGAAUCCCCCCAAGCGCCGCAGCACUCGAGUGACGCGUAGCACACGCUCCAUGGCAGAUGCUGGAACGCCCUCGCCGGAGAAGGAAAUCCCGGAGAAGUUGCCGUUCAUAAAGUAUCGUGGUGCCAUCAAAUAUUUCACGGAAAGCCAAGAGAUUGCUGCUUCGGCAGAUGAGGUCAUGCAGUGGGUCGAUCAGCAAACUCACACUGAAAUUGUGCCCAUGGCCUUUGACAUGGAGUGGCCCUUCUCCUUUCAAACCGGACCCGGCAAGUCAUCCGUCAUACAAAUUUGCGUUGAUGAGCGCUGCUGCUAUGUGUAUCAGCUAAGCAAGCUAAAGAAGAUUCCAGCUGCGCUGGUCGCACUCAUAAAUCAUCCCAAAGUGCGGCUGCAUGGCGUGAAUAUAAAGGCCGAUUUUCGCAAAUUGGCACGCGAUUUUCCUGAGGUAGCGGCUGAGCCGCUGAUCGAGAAGUGCGUCGAUUUGGGCGUGUGGUGCAAUGAGGUGUGCGAGACGGGCGGCAGAUGGAGCCUGGAGAGAUUGGCCAAUUUCAUAGCCAAGAAGGCAAUGGACAAGAGCAAAAAGGUGCGCAUGAGCAAAUGGCAUGUAAUUCCGCUGGACGAGAAUCAACUGAUGUAUGCGGCCAUAGAUGUCUAUAUCGGUCAAGUCAUUUAUAGGGAAAUAGAGCAGCGCGAGCAGACGAAACUGAAGAACGAGGCCGAGUUCAAGGAGCAAAAUGGAGAAACUGCCUUCAAGGCUGUCAAAGCGCUGGGCGAAACCUUCCUGUCGAAGAUCAAUGAGGUGACCCUGUGAGCCCUUCAAUUGAAGAUAAAUUAGGCUAUAUUACUAACAUAUACUA